AUGCGCCGCGCUGCCGCCGCGACCAGGAGGAUGGCAUCGGCCGUCGGGACGAGGGAGGCAUCCACCGCCACCGCCCCCGCCGAGGCGGCGGCGGCGUCGUCGUCGGCCCCGCGGCCCGCCGGGUCGAGCUGGCGGCGCGCGCUGCGCUGGAUGCCCACCUCCACCGACCACAUCGUCGCCUCCGAGAAGCGCCUCCUCUCCACGCUCAAAACUGGAUAUGUCCAGGAACAGAUCAACAUCGGCCCGGCUCCACCGACGCCUGGGCUAAAACCAAGGUCGUCAAGAGAUGAGCCAAGGUUCAUCAACACAGUCACGUUUGACAGCAAGGAGGAUGCUCCCACCCUCGUCCUGGUCCAUGGCUUUGGUGCUUCGCAGGGGCUCUUCUUUCGCAACUUUGAUGCCCUCGCAAAGCGUUUCCGGGUGAUUGCCAUCGAUCAACUUGGUUGGGGUGGAUCAAGUAGACCUAAAUUCACCUGUAAAAAUACCGAAGAAACUGAGGCUUGGUUCGUAGAUUCUUUUGAGGAAUGGCGCAAAGCAAAGAACCUCAGUAAUUUUAUAUUGCUUGGUCAUUCUUUCGGAGGAUAUGUGGUUGCACGGUAUGCCUUGAAGCAUCCCGAACAUGUGCAACACUUGAUUUUGGUCGGUCCUGUUGGCUUUUCACCAGAAGCAGAUCCUACCGCCGAGAGUUUAACCAAGUUUCGAGCCAAGCUAGCACACCAUCUUUGGGAGUACAAUUUUACAGCUCAAAAAGUUGUGAGAGGAUUGGGCCCUUGUGGUCCUGCUUUAGUUCGGGCAUAUACCACUGCUAGGUUUGGCUCAUUCCCAACAGGUGAAUCACUAACAAAACAAGAGUCCUCCUAUCUGACAGACUACAUUUACCAUACCAUAGUUGCCAAAGCUAGUGGAGAGCUGUGCCAAAAAUAUCUUUUUUACAUGGGACCAUUUACAAGGAAAUCUCUUCUGCAGAGUGCACCCGACUGGAAAGUGCCGACUACUUUCAUAUACGGACAGGAUGAUUGGGUGGAUUACCAAUUGGCGCAACAAGCAUGCAAGGAUAUGAAAAUUCCUUAUGAAAUCAUCAGAGUCCCACAGGCAGGGCAUUUCGCGUUUAUGGAUAACCCUUCGGCGUUUGAGUCGGCGGUUUUCUACGCGAGCCGGGAUUUUCUAUCCAGAGAUUCGGAGGAGGGUCUCUCUCUUCCAGAUGGCCUGACAUUUGCAUGAGGCGUCAUCUCGCACCAAUGAACAUAAGCAAAGCUAUACGAAGUUAGAAAGCGACCAAUGUUACAAGCUUGUUUUGGUUUUGUAUGUAUGAAGUGUGUGUGUGUGUCUUUUAUAUGUGCUUGCAUAGAGAUCCA